CCCAUCCGAUUUCCGAUGGGAUCCCAACAUCGAUCUCCCCCGCCGCCGCCGCCUUCUGGCUUCUCCCUCCGACUCCGAUCCGCCGCCGCCGCCUCCCUACCUCCAUCUCCAUCUCCAUGACCGCCUGCGCCUCCUCCUACUCAAGUCCGGUCCGGCAACAACCUCCUUCACUCAUAAAGCCCGGAAACUACUGAGACCUCCUCUUUCACAUCUCAAACAGAGUUCAUGGGUAGUACAGCUGCAGCGGGUGGUAACCUGCGAACCGCCCUCUCGUACUGUGUGCAGCAAGUUCGCAACUAUGAUUAUCACCACUAUCUCUGCCUUCUCCACCUACCUCCAGCUAUGCGCAAGGCUGCAUUCGCCUUCCGAGCCUUCAACAUUGAGACGGCAAAGGCCAUGGAUGUUGUCUCGGACCCUAAGACUGGCCUUAUGCGCCUCCUCUGGUGGAAAGAUGUAGUCGACAAGGUCUUUGCAAACAAGCUGGUUGAGCACCCUGUUGCCCAGGUGCUCUCUUCUGUUGUGUCCGAGCACAAGAUUAGCAAGCAUUGGCUCAAGAGGUCUGUGGAGGCAAGGAUAAACGAUGCAAACCGGGAUGAUUAUGCCAUUCCUGAGACAAUUUCUGAAUUGGAGAGGUAUGCAGAGGACACCCAAUCUACCAUCCUUUACAUGACGUUGCAAGCUGGUGGGAUACAGUCAACUAUCGCUGAUCAUGCCGCCUCACACAUAGGCAAAGCUAGUGGGCUGCUACUGCUACUCAAGGCUUUGCCUCACCAUGUGAGUAAGCAAGGGAGGAUACCGUAUAUCCCAGCAAGUAUAGCUGAGGAGUGCGGUCUGCUUACACGGGAAGGUGGCCGAUCAGAGGUCAGGAUGGGAGAUGAGCUCCCAGAUGCAGUUUUCAAGGUUGCAUCUGUUGCUGAUGCUCACCUGCAGAAGGCGCGGGAGCUGGCCUCUUCUGUGCCAGCGGAAGCAAUCCCUGUACUCCUCCCAGGGGUACCAGCCCAGGUCCUUCUGGACUCCUUACGACGCCGUGAAUUCAACGUCUUUGAUUCACGGUUGUCAAGGGGAGUUCAUGGGAUAUCUCCUUUGUGGUACCAGAUAAAGCUCAUCUGGCACUCGGUGCGGAAGAAGUACUGACUAACUCAUCCACACAAGCACCCAUAAAGAGCUCGGAUUGGUUGGUUGAUGGGCAUUGGGCCUAUUUGGUGAUGGCAGUCCAUUAUAUUGGGGCCCAAGAGCAGAAGGCAACCGGGCUCCAGUGCAAUGUCAUUGCAUUGCGUGAUGCUUAAGCCUGAUAUUAUGGACGUGAUGUUUAAGUCAGUUCAGCUCAACAAGUUGGACAUGCUCAUCUCCCCGUGCAAGAAAACACCAUCAUCAUCCUCUCUUUGACGGACUUUCAUCUGCUUUUCCAUUCCUCAGGUAAUUGCAGUAUGGAACAGCAAUAUUUGUUUACUAAUACUCAUAUGUUUGCUGCAAAAACCUUGUGUGCUGUUUUUCUGCAUCAUUUCGGGCUUGUUGCUUCUGCAGGAUCUGAUCAAUGUCUUCUUUUUUUCCACGACAAAAAGAACAGAUUUGUUAUUAACAAUGCAGCUUUUUACCACUUUUUGAUGAGUAGCAAUUUUUACCAUUGUAAAGUUUAACAGUUAUCAGUUACUACCAGUCACCAAGGUAUGCCUAGGUAACUUUGGCAGUUCACUGAAAAUGUUCUCAGAAAGUCAAGCAACUAUGAGUGCUUGACUUUCUGAGGGCAUCAGGAAAUGCAUAAUAUUUACUGUCAGAAAUCAGCAGGUGCCGUAUGGAACAGCUCAUGAAGGCAGAAGACUUGCUGUGCACUUAAGCUAAUAGUACUCAAUUGUGCUGUUAAACAAAUAUGUCCAUUUUGUUUUUUUCUUUCAUUUGGUUUAAAUGCUGCGGCAGCUUGCCAAACACAAAGUCAAGAAGUAAUAAAAAAUAUCACAAUAUCAUCAACGGAAACUAACAAAUGAGAAAAAUAUAAUAACAGGAAUUAAUCAUAGUGUUCAACAUCUGAUUCGCCAUAGCCCUUUAAUUCUCUUAAAUUUGUUAAUAUUUGAAGCAUUCUCAAUGUCUAAGGCGUGCACAAGAACAUAAUGAAUCCUCUAUAUGAAAAUAAAGGUUAUUUGCUUCAGUUAAAUCAUUUGUCCAAUUCAUUAUUUUCACUGCUUCAAUUACUUUCCACUGUUCGUUUUUCAUGUUGUUGCUGCUGAACUGAAUGGAGAUAUAUUCUUCUAGCUUAAGAUACUGUGCAACUCUACAUCUUUAUGGUUUCUACUUGUUCAAUAUUUUUACCACAUCAGGUUCUGAAACAGCUGCUUGCUCAUUCUCUAUCGUUCUUUAUUGAAAGGUUAACCGUGUUAACUCUAGUGCAAGGCAACUAAUAUAUUAUUUGGCAAAUUGGAUAAGUUUAGCAGCCUGCAUGAGCCAAUAAAGUGAGUAGCAAAUCCUUGAGAGGUACUUAGGAGGACAAACACCUGUCCUCACGCUUAAAAGUAACUCAACGUAGCCUUUUCUUGUUUGGGUCCUUGAGCCUUGCCUUUUCUGUGUUUGGUCCCUGGUGGAGUAAACAGCAAUCACUGAGGGAAGAAGCAUUGUCCCCUUGUUGGUUGGCCCCCAAUCCAUAUGCAUGCUUGCUUGCUUCAGAGCUAGUCCCAUUAUUGUUCACUGUGGCCUGCUUGUGUUGUAUCUAGGCAGUGGUCUUCAUGUGUGGCUGGGUCUAUGCUCGACUCAGUUCAUGAGUAUAUAUUGCUGCUGGGUGUGUAGGUGGAGUCAGCUUAAGUAUGCAUGCCAUAGUAACUCCAGGCAAGAUACUCACGGCAAUUAUUGUUGCAUUUUCUGUCAUUGCAGACAGUAGAAUCAGUGUUCCCGAUCCAAGCAGCAGGCAUCCAAGUUAGAACUGUUCCUUCACAUAGUAUUUCGGCUUGUUCUUCUCUGAUUGUUCAGCCAGGAACCUGACUCACCAUUCACCAGCAUGUGGUAUUUUAGCAUGAUGAAAGCCUUAGAAACCACGGCAACUGUAAAAUUGUUCAAUCUUUCAUUAAAAAAAACCUAGUUUUUCUUGUUGAGCAUGUUCAUAUAUGUCAUUAUACAGUACCUAGGCAUUAUAUGUAUGUCUGAAAAAUUAGAUAAUCAAGUAUAUGCUUGCAUUCCGUGGUUUCUUUAUUAAGCUUGGUCAGGUUUGGGGUACAAAUACUCAUAAGCCCAAUCAUAGCACUAGGUUUGGAGGUUAGGGUUGAGACUAACCUGAACCAAUGUCAUUUGAAGAGGAUUUACUUGUAGGGCUCCUGGCUUCGUGCCUACUGCGUACCCCUGACCCCAGGUAGAGUAUGGAUAGAUUGAGUUGAUUUUUUUUCAAAUUGUCAGCUCUUUUCCUUCUCGUGGACUUAUAUUGAG